AGUCCACAGGGUGACAAGCACAUCUGCUGUUUUCCUGGAGCCCAACAUGGAAGAGACAGCUGGGUCACCGGCCCGAGCUGAGGCGCGAGUGGUAAGUGCCACACUGACGUGGCUACAACGGCCUCCAGUCCAGGGAGAGAGCAGACACCGUUUUCACAAAGUGUCCCUGGUGUCCGGGGCCAGGAUGGAAGCCCCGCAGGAGGAUGUCUUUGAGCAUGGCUUCCGGCGAGAGGAGGUCAAUGGCUUUGUUAAAAAGGAAGAAGACACUGUCAGUUGCCAGGGCCCUGCGGAGGAGCCUGGAUCUACGAACUUCCAGAGUCACGGGCCCAUCUUUUCCAAGAAAUAUAUUCCACCCCCCAAGGAGAAAAGGCCGAUGGUGAGGCUGCAGGAGGCUGCGGAUUGGGGUGAUGGCGGCCCCCAGGCUCCGAGGACUGACCCACCAGGCAUGGGGUCGAUGGCUAGGACUGAGUUACUGGUGCCCUUGCCUGGACCUCGUGAGCCAAGUCCUCAUCCCAGUGUGGGUGUUCCCAGUGGGGCUUCCAGGAACCGUGAGGAGUGGCGUGUGACACGCACAGUGAGGACUACCACCACGACUGUGAUGGGAGGCCACGUGGACCGCAGAGUGAGCAGCUCUGUAAGCGUGGGACCGUCAAUGUCCGGUGACGCCCUACCAAGGGGCCGCAACGUGACCCGAACUGUCCGGGCUGUGGUGGUGAGCCCCAGAGCUGAGGGCUCACCGAGCCGUAGCCAGGCCCUGGAAGUGCUGAGCAACCUCGUGCCCACCGAGCGCGUCCCCCCUGCCAGCCGAAUCCCGAGGCUCACUAUGUUUACAUCAAGGGGCUCAGGCCCCGGUGGCACAGUGGGAACAACCCUGGGACAACUACUUGAGACCAGCACAGCUGAGCUGAAGAUUAGCAGCUCAACCCUGGCGCCAGCAGGCACCUCUGCUGUUGAGCAUCCUGCUCAGAGCAUAGACGUUCCUGUAGCCCACCCAAUCCAAGACCAAGGCGGAGUCUCGGAUGCCAGAACUGGGGAAUCUUCAAGGCUGCAGGGAGCCUCCAGUCCUGUCCUGCUCCCCAACCAGACUUCCCAGAGCCAAGCCCCUUCACCUUCUUCUCCCAAGCCCCAGGCCUGUGCCUCCUCCUUGGUUCAUUCUCCAGAGCAGCCUGUGGUGCCCCUACACCUCAAAGCCCAGUCCGCCCCUCAUGUCCUGCCCGCUGUGAAAGAGGAGUUUACAGGUCUCCCUCUGGCCCCUGCCUCGCCCGUGGUAAAGGGCGAGGCUCCCAUGCCUGAACCACCUCCUAGCCCGUCCUCCCCGAGGAGGAAAGCUGUCCCUAGCUCACAGAGCCUUUGUGCUCCAGCUUCACCAAAGACUAAGUUUGUUCAGGGCCCUGAGAAUGUGCCCAGUUCUGCUCUUACCCAGAAAGAGGUGUUUCCAGGCCCUAGUGUCCCUGCCUGUUCCCACUCCCCAAAAGAGGUUCUGCAAGUCCGUGGUCCUCCCAUUACCUCAUCCUCCAGGCCAGCCACGGUUGCUCAGGAUGCAGAAGGAGAUCCUUCCAUCAAGAGGGAGGUUGGCCAGGAUCCUCAAAAUGACCCUCCCUGUUCCCUUCCUUGCAAAGAGACUGCUGAAGGCCCCACAGCCCCUGCUCCGCUGACCCCCAAACAGGAUGAGGUUGUCCCAGAUUCUCCAGGGAACUCUAUCUCAUCACCUACCCCAAAGGAAAGUUUCCAGAGCCCCGCCGUGCCCCUUGCCCCAUCUUCUUCAGAGGCCAAGGAGUCCCUCAGUCUAGAAGGCUCUCCUGUCCCAAAGCCAAGGACAUCAGAGGCUGGCACAGAGUCCCAGCUCAUCCCAGACUCCACUGAGGGGAAGGUGUCCUCAGAGCCAUCUAGGGAGGAGGACGAAGCAGCCUUGACCGCCGACCUGGAGAUUUUUCUAGAUACUUUGCGGAGCAUGGAGCCCCCUGAGAUCCUCCGAACUCACCGAUUGCCCCGAGCGCCGCGUUCCUCUUACCUGGCCAUGUAUGCCACACUACCCGCCAUUGAAGAGGACCAGCUGGGGCCCUGUGUGCCGGGGCCCAGUCCCCAGGAGGUGCCUGCCUUGGAAGAGGAGGAGGAAGAGGAGCUGGAGAACCCCUAUCUCAGUGAUGAUGAGAAGCUCCAGCGGAGGCAGGAGAAAGCAGGGCCUGGCCCCUCCCUGGGUCCCCACCACCCCAAGCCUGCUAAGGUCACCUGCUCUCCCAUGGAGAUGAUGAAAAAGCUACAAGCCCAACAAGGCCCAGAACCUCAGCCCAGCAACAGGCCUACUUCCCGCCUGGGAGGCAGCCUUCUCUUUGGCAAUCUGGUGCCAGCCAACAAGGACGCCCCUGCCCUGGAACCACUAGGCACAAAACUAUCUGCUCUGCCACCCCACAGUGCACCAGGGGUCAGGAAGGUGCCAGGACAGUUGCCUUUGCUCUGCAGCGGAAGGCCACCUCCAGAGAAGCCAACACCUAUCGAGCCCCCGGAAGGGUGGAGCCCAGCACUGAAGACCCAGGGCAAGCUGAACACCAGGCCUGGGAAGGUGAUCCUCUUCUCCGAGCCUGGCUGCCAGGGCAGAGGCAGGGAGGUCUGGGGAGACACUGCAGAUGCCUCAGCGUGGGCCCCUGUUGCUUCCAUACGGGUGAUACGAGGCUGCUGGAUACUAUACGAACAGCCAGAGUUCCGGGGCCAGAAGCUGUUGCUACCUGAAGGGGAUGUGGAACUCAGAGCCUUGGCAUCUGCGUGGACUCUCCAAGGCAUCGGCUCCCUGAGGAGGGCUGUGUGGGACUACUGCACCCCAAGGAUCAGCCUGUUCUCUGAGGAGGGCCUCAAGGGCAAGCCAGUGACUCUAACCGGAGACUUGAAAGACUCUCAAGGUCUGGAGAGACCCCUACAGGUGGCGUCUGCCACUGUCACUGCAGGAGUGUGGCUGCUGUACCCCAAACCAUUCUUUGAAGACACUCCCUCUAUCCUAGAGCCCGGAGAGUACCCUACAUUGGAGGCCUGGGGUACAUCAGGCCUCAGUGUGGGUUCACUAAAGCCCAUGAGAUUGGGCUGCCCAAGCGUGGAGAAACCAGGGGAACCCAAGGCUGUGGUAUAUGAGGCCCCAGAUUUUCAGGGGCAGAGCUGGGAAGUAAGCGGAGACAUCUACAACCUUCAGCAGCCCGAGGACAGCCAGAGUCCCCAACUGACCACCGUGGGGUCCCUGCGAAUCCUCGGGGGCUGCUGGGUAGGCUACGAGAAGGAGGGCUUCCGGGGCCACCAGUACCUGCUAGAAGAGGGCGAAUAUGCUGACUGGUCACACUGGGGAGGCUAUGAUGAGCUGCUGACCUCCCUGCGGGUCAUCCGGACGGACUUUGGAGACCCGGCCGUGGUGCUGUUUGAGGACAUGGACUUCCAGGGGCACAGAGUGGAGGUGAGUUCGGCACUGCCGGACGUGGAGCUAGCGCAGCACGGACCCAGCACGCAAGCCAUCCACGUGCUCAGCGGCGUGUGGGUGGCCUAUGAGCAGGCUGGCUUCUCUGGCGAACAGUACGUCCUGGAGAAGGGCGUGUACCGUAACUGCGACGACUGGGGCUCCGGCAAUUGCGCCCUUGGCUCCCUUCAGCCAGUCGUACAGGUGGGGGAGAGCGAUCUUCACUUUGUCUCGAAGAUUCAGCUUUUCUCAGGCCCCAACUUUCUGGGCGACCACAUUUCCUUUGAGGAUGACCAGGCCUCUCUACCUGCUUCCUUCCGUCCCCAGUCGUGCCGGGUCCACGGAGGCAGCUGGGUCCUGUUUGAGGACAAGAACUUUGAGGCGGAGCAGCACGUCGUGUCGGAGGGCGAGUUCCCCACCCUCACAGCCAUGGGCUGCCUGGCCUCCACGGUCCUGGGCUCUCUCCGGAAGGUUCCACUGCACUUUUCAGAGCCUUCUCUGUCCCUCUUUGGCCUGGAGUGCUUCGAGGGGAAGGAGAUCGAGCUGACUGGGGAGGUGCGAAGCCUGCAAGCCCAGGGCUUCAACAACCACGUGCUGUCUGUGCGCGUCAAGGGCGGCGUCUGGGUAGUGUGUGAGCACAGCGACUUCCGGGGCCGUCAGUGGCUAGUGGGAAGCUGCGAGAUCACCAACUGGCUGACGUACAGCGGUACCCAGAGGGUGGGCUCUCUCUACCCGAUCAAGCAGCGCCGAGCCUAUUUCCGCCUGUGGAAUGCAGCACUGGGGGGAUUCCUGUCAGUGCCUGAUCAUGUGGAGGACAUGAAAGCAGGCCGUGUGGUGGUCUCGGAGCCCCGGGCUGGGGGCAGCUGCAUCUGGUACUAUGAAGAUGGACUGCUGAAGAACCAGGUGGCCCCCACCAUGAGCCUACAGGUGAUUGGACCUCCUAGCCCAGGCUCCAAGGUAGUACUAUGGGCCGAGAGUCGCCUACCACGCCAAACCUGGAGCAUCAAUGAAUUGGGUCACAUCUGCAGCCAGAUGUUUGAAGGCCAGAUCCUGGACGUAAAGGGUGGCCGAGGUUAUGAUCGCGACCACGUGGUGCUGUGGGAACCAACCAAGGACAGACCUUCCCAGAUCUGGGCCGUCCAUGUGCUUUGAACCAACACCAUCACCAGUUUCCUGCUGGAGGCUUU